CUGACGGCCGCCCCCUUUCCGUCGGCCAACUUGCCCGUUAGCUCCAAUCCUAUUUGCCCAGCGUUGUGGGUGUGAUCAGCGCUGUGAACACUGCGUCGACCAACGUAUAUAAAUUCUCCGACUUGAUGCACGCCCUCCUCCCCUUUGCCUUCGUUGGAAGGGAAGUCCACCGGAUCUUGCUGCCAUGAUCGUAGGGUUCGCUAGCGUGUUGAACCUCCUCGCAGUCGCGAAGCUCGUCGCGGCUUCGCCCUCUGCGUCUCUCGAGGGUCGAUGGGCCAAUGUGUCGACCCCUGUCGUAGACCUCGGGUAUUCUCAAUAUCAGGGAACGUACGACCCCGAUGCAAACAUUUCCUACUUCUUCGGUAUUCGCUUCGCACAGGCCCCCACUGGGGAACUGCGCUGGCAGGCGCCGCAGACGCCGGCGACAACUACCGGUGUACAGCAAGCAACAGAGACGCCUAACCAAUGCUACCAGGCGGCGUAUGGUGGUAACAGUACGAACCCCUACAGACCGUCAUCCCUCCAGAAGAGAGCCGCCUCCCAGGACGAAGACUGUCUCUUCCUGAAUGUUUACACCCCGGGACAAUUGCAGCCGGGUGCGGCUCUGCCGGUCGUUGUCUGGAUCCACGGCGGAGGGUACAUCGCCGGGUCGGCAAGCAUAUACUCCGGCCAAGACCUCGUCAAGGAGUCCGACUACGGAGUCAUCGCUGUUGCUAUUCAGUAUAGGCUGGGUGUCUUCGGCUUCCUCCCAGGCUCCGAGGUAAAGGCGAACGGUUCGCUCAACGCGGGUCUCCUCGACCAGAACUUUGCGUUGCAAUGGGUCCAGGAACACAUUUCGUCCUUUGGCGGUGAUCCGGCAAAGGUUACGAUCUGGGGUGAAUCGGCAGGUGCGGGCUCCGUUAUGCAACACAUCGUAGCACACGGCGGGCAGACAGAGCCUCCGCUCUUCCGUGCUGCUAUGACUAGCUCGACGUUCCUGCCGUUCCAGUACUACUACAACGACACCAUCCCCGAGGAGAUAUUCUCUGAGACGGUGGCACAAACCAACUGUUCGUCUGCUUCCGGCGCGCUCGAGUGUCUGCGCUCCGCCUCCGCCUCCGCUCUCCAAACCGCCAACACAGCAAUCAACUACGCGGACUUCUACGGUACCUACGUCUUCGUCCCCGUGGUCGACGGAACAUUCAUCGUCGAGCGGCCCACCGUGACGCUCGAGAAGCGGCGCGUCAACGGCAAUGUGCUCCUCUCGGUCACGAAUUCGUUCGAGGGGUACAACUUCGUCGACACGACCACGCCGCCGACGAACAUCACGGACUAUGUCACGCAGCUCUUCCCGCUGAUCGACCAGACGAUCAUUCAGACGAUCGUCGAGCAGUACACGAGCGACCCCGCGCUGAACGACACUCUGGCGCAGGCCAUUGGUAUCAUGGGAGAGUCGAUCUUCAUCUGCCCGACGUAUCUGCUUCUGGAAGCGUUUGGAGAUAACGCGUACAAGGGCGAGUUCGCAGUGCCGCCUGCCAUCCACGGACAGGACGUACAAUACUACUUCCCCACCUCGAACCCGCCGGCCUACAACAACUCGGAGCUGAUCACGUCAUUCUCGCAGUCGUUCAUGUCCGUCGUGAGCUCGCUCGACCCGAACGACAAGGCCGUGCCGGACCUGAAGCCCGCGUGGGCCGUGUGGCAGAACGGGACGGCGGAGGUGCUGUUCAACGUUACCGCCGCGGGCGAGCCCGUCGUGCAGACGACGACGACGGACCCGGCGCUGCUCGAGCGAUGCGCGCUUUGGCAGAGUAUCAGCGGCUUGACGUACCAGUGAGCGAUGGACAUGUUUCUUCUUGUGUUGGUACGUGUAGGACUAGUGGCGUGCGUCGGUCGAAAUGUACGUUUUGAACUUGUUGAAUAUUGUUUCUGGAUUGAAA